AUGGAAGGGAAACGCGCCCUCUUGUGGCUACUACUGAUUGCUGCAGUGGUCUUUCAACUGUCCGCCCAGCACUGGUCUCAUGGCCUGAGUCCAGGUGGCAAGAGGGACACUCACACUCUGUCAGAAGUGAUGGAAGGUCUGCCAAAAAGGAGUGCAGCGCUUUGUGGGGGUGAAUACAGGGACGGUUCCCCAUAUAAAAGGCCAGAUAGACUUGAACAACUGGUCAAUCUGAUGGAGGGAGAAAAUGAAGCUUAUGACUGA